CGAAGACAAGACCGAGAAAAUUUUGCUGCCAACGACCGCUGCGACCACCGGCCGAGCAGGCUCCACUCCCCCCGCCGCGCUCAGUCCAAGCGCAUUUGCAGCUCUGCAAGCAACGUCUCACGCUCCCCCACCGCAGCCGCCGUCCACCGCGGCGCCACUCCACCCUGUGACCCACCUGAAAUACACGCGGACGCGCUCCCCCUCUGCGUACAGGCUGUACCCAGGCGGCCUCCGUCCUCCCCUGUCCGUCUCCGUCCCACUCUCUGCUCUACACAAUGCAGUGCCACUGACUGAAUCACCUGCUGCUCUUUCUGUCGCGUCUUCCGCCGCAGCUACUCUUUUCCCGAGACCGCCGAGCUCGAUCCGCCGCAAUGUGGCGGCUUCUGGCGCUGGUGGUGUCCGCGACCGUGCUGGCGGCGCCGCGGCCGGCAAUGGCCGGCGACCCCUACGCCUUCUUCGACUGGGACGUCUCCUACUUCACCGCGGCACCCCUCGGCGUCAAGCAGCAGGUGAUAGGCAUCAACGGCAAGUUUCCGGGCCCCGUCGUCAACAUCACCACCAACUGGAACGUCGUCGUCAACGUGCUCAAUGACCUCGACGAGCCCCUCCUAAUCACCUGGAACGGGAUCCAGCACCGGAAGAACUGCUGGCAGGACGGCGUGCUGGGCACCAACUGCCCCAUCCCGUCCGGGUGGAACUGGACCUACGAGUUCCAGGUCAAGGACCAGAUCGGCAGCUUCUUCUACUUCCCCUCCACCGGCCUGCAGCGCGCUGCCGGCGGCUUCGGCGGCAUCGUCGUCAACAACCGCGGCGUCAUCGCCGUGCCCUUCGGCCGCCCCGACGGCGACAUCACCAUUCUCAUCGGCGACUGGUACAACAGGAACCACACGGAUCUGAGGAAGAUGCUUGACGAAGGGAAGGAGCUCGGGAUGCCGGACGGCGUGCUGAUAAACGGCAAGGGCCCGUACCGGUACAACGACAGCCUUGUGCCGGCCGGCAUUGAGCACGAGACCAUCGAUGUCCAUCCCGGUCGGACGUACCGCAUCCGGGUGCACAACGUGGGCACGUCGACGAGCCUCAACUUCCGGAUCCAGGGGCACAACCUGCUGCUGGUGGAGACGGAGGGGUCCUACACCACGCAGCAGAACUACACCAGCCUCGACGUCCACGUCGGCCAGUCCUACUCCUUCCUCCUCACCACCGACCAGAACGCCAGCUCCGACUACUAUGUCGUCGCCAGCGCCCGCAUCGUCAACGAGUCCCUCUGGCAGCGCGUCACCGGCGUCGCCGUCCUCCGCUACUCCAACUCCGGCGGCGCGGCGUCCGGCCCGCUCCCGGACCCGCCCCAGGACCAGUACGACAAGACGCUCUCCAUGAACCAGGCGCGGUCCGUCCGGUGGAACCUCAGCGCGGGCGCGGCGCGGCCCAACCCGCAGGGCUCCUUCCGCUACUCCUCGAUCAACGUGACGCAGGCGUACCUGCUGCGGAGCACCACGCCCGUGGAGAUCGGCGGGCGGCGCAGGGCGGCGCUGAACGGGCUGUCCUUCUCCCCGCCGGAGACGCCGCUGCGGCUGGCCGACGCGUACGGCGUGGAGGGCGCCUACACGCUCGACUUCCCGGAGCGGCCGCCGCCGGACGCCGCCCCCCGGGUGGCGCGGUCCGUCAUCAACGGCACCUACCGGGGGUUCAUGGAGCUCAUCUUCCAGAACAACGACACCCGGAUGCAGAGCUACCACGUGGACGGGUACGCCGUGUUCGUCGUCGGGAUGGACUACGGGGAGUGGACGGAGGCCAGCCGGGGCGCGUACAACAAGGGGGACAGCGUGGCGCGCAGCACCGUGCAGGUGUACCCCGGCGCGUGGACGGCGGUGCUGGUGUCGCUGGACAACGUGGGGUUCUGGAACGUGCGGUCGCAGAACCUCGACUCGUGGUACCUCGGCCAGGAGGUAUACGUCAGGGUGGUGAACCCAGAGGACGGCGCCAACAAGACCGAGAUGGCCGUCCCCCGCAACGCCCUCUACUGCGGCCAGCUCCACAAGUACCAGAAGUACGGCCCCCAAACCGCGAUCCCUCGUCUGAUUAAACACAUUUGCAUUUGCAGUUCUUCAUGUGUCUCUUGUAAACUGUUUUCGACUCCUUUCAGGGAGCAGACUCCUCAUCACAAGGCGGCGGCGGCGGCAUCUGCGGCGGCCGUGCGGCCUUUGGCCUCGCGGAGGCAGAUUGUGGCGUCGGUGAUGCUCGUCGUCGGAGCCCUCGUGUUCGCGUCGUAGCGCGGCGCCGUGGAUCUAUUUUUUGUGCCGCGUCUGAGGUGACUUCGUGUGUGUAGUGUAGGUUAGGAUCAGAGGUGCCACUGGACUGUACCAAUUGCCCAUGCACUAUGUUUUCUUUUCGUAGCAUUAGGAACGGUCGAUCGUGUUUAUUCAUUCACCUCGAGGCUGCCUGAGGACUGUGAUUUGAUUUGUUCACGAGGAGCAAUUCUCAUAUACUCCGGAUUCUUUUACA